AUGUCGCCAAGUGAAAGUUUUCUGAAAAUAAUGCGUUUUGCGCGCUUCGUGAAAAGAUGUCUGGGAGUCGAUAUCUAUGAUAAGUAUUAUCGCAAGAACAUUUUGACGGCAAUGUGUAUCAUAGCUGUUUUUAUAUACGGCGGAGCCACACUCAACACCGCGAUUAUUGAGAGGCAUUCGAAGUUCGCUUUUCAGUCUCUGGUGAUGACCGGUCUCUGGUUUCAAGGUAUCAACAAGCUGUUUGUGGUUAUUUAUAAUGCACGCAAACUCUACGAAUUAAAUCAGAGCGUUCUUAAAAUCUAUGUCGAUUACGAAAAUCAUUCGGAUCCCAGAUUUGCCAAGAAUCUGCAGGAGAAUUGCGACAGAUUGCGACGCGCUCUAAUUGUUGUAUUCAUGUCCUAUUGCAUUGCCGUCAGUGGCAUGAUUAUUUUGCCAAUCACAGUCUAUAAUCUCACCGGGGAUCAUCACUUGAUCAUGCAGUUUUAUAUUCCGGGGGUUGAUCACAAGUCUCAGACGGGAUAUUGGAUAACUCAAACCACUCAUGCUUUUGUGCUGAUUGUUGGCGGAGCGGGAAUGUUUGCUGGCGAUUUGGUUAUCCUCGUGCAUCUGAUACAGGCAUAUAUAUUCAGGGAUGUGCUGCGUCUCAAGAUCAACAUAUUCAAUACGUUUGUGGAUGAACCUGGCAAGCAAUCGGAUUCGGAUAUACAGAAAGAACUUGUCGACAUGAUGCAGUUUCAUCAGCUCUACUUAAGUUUUAUCGCUCGCUGCAACGAUCUCUUCUACUCGAUUGUGUCCGUCCAAGUUAUCACAGCAGCCCUUUGCUUUAUUUUGACCAUGUUUGUGCUCCUCACCAGCGUUUGGCCCGGUGGUUGGGCUUUUGCAGUUGGUGUAGCUUCCAAUUUGUAUAUUUAUUGCAUUCUCGGCACUUUGGUUGAAAAUUGUAACGACGAUCUAAUCUAUGAAGUCUACAACAUAUCUUUCUACAAUCUGAAUGCUCGUCAGCAACGUCAAGUUUUAUUCAUGUUGUGCAAAGCUCAAAGAACUGACAUGAUUCAGGUACUGGGUGUUAUGCCCUUGGCCGUGAGCACAGCUCUUCAGGUUACAAAGAGUAUUUAUAGCGUUGCAAUGAUGAUGAUAAAAUUUGUU